AUGGCGGGUAUCUUUCGUACCAUAUAUGACUGGCUGUUAAGGAUGUUUUGGGCCACGGAGAUGGAUGUCACCAUGAUCGGUCUCCAGAAUGCCGGGAAAUCCUCGUUAUUGCGAGUAUUGGCCGGCGGCGAGUUCACCGUAGAUUCCAUCCCCACCAUCGGUUUCAACACCAAGCGCGUUCAAAAAGGUCAUGUGACCUUGAAAUGCUGGGAUCUUGGGGGUCAGCCCCGAUUCCGACCCAUGUGGGAGCGGUACUGUCGCGGUGUGAAUGCCAUCGUAUAUAUCGUCGAUGCGGCGGAUCACGCGGCGUUACCGGUCGCGACAGAGGAACUGCACGAUUUGAUGACCAAGCCGACGCUGGACGCUAUCCCCCUGUUGGUGCUGGGGAAUAAAUCCGAUCUCCCCAACAAAAUGUCGGUCGACCAGUUGAUUGACGCGAUGGACCUCAAGUCCAUCACGCACCGCGAGGUGAGCUGCUAUGGGAUCAGUGCCAAGGAGGAGACGAACCUUGAUGCGGUGUUGCACUGGCUCAUCGCCCGAGCCAGCCGAUGAACGCCCGGCCGGCAGGUCCGCUGGCGCGACCUUUCGCCGCCUUUGUAGAUUCUUCCCUUAUAUCUCUCUCUCCCUCUCUACCUCUCCCUCCCUCUUCCUAUCUUCCUCCCUCUCGAUCGAGUGGCUCACAGCCAGCGAUGUAAUGACGACAACGAUGUGAACCAGGCACAUGUUCAUGGAGCGUUAGCGGAUGAUUCUUCUUUCUGUCAUUUUCGUUUUUGUUUUCUCUUUUUGGUUGAAUGAUUGGUUCGGUCACGAAUGAGGUUCGAAUCAUGGAGAGUAUGACUACCUAUAUCUCUGGGUACUUUGGUGUCAAUCCAGCAUGUCACAUAUGUCAACGAAGCGUCGAUGCACGAGUCC